UGGGUCUUGGCGGCUGGCUCGUGGUAGCCGAUGGGGAAAAGGAGACGCGUGGGAGUGUGUGGGGGCUGAGACAAAGACAACGCCCGUGGCAAAAGGCCAUUUUAAAAAUAAAAAGAGCCGUGCUUCAUUUUUCCACCCCCGCUGGCGGAUCCUAACGCGCUACUGAGGGGACGGCGGGAGCGCCCAGCUUCACGUCCCUCGCCCCUCCCGGGCCGGGCUUAAAUCAUCGGGGGCGGGGCCAGCGGCGGGGGCGGGGCCUAAGGUAGCCAGGGCGGCGACGGCGGCGGCGGCGGCUGCGGCGGUGGCCAAAACCCAGGCAUCGGGGACUGUUGUUGUUCUCUCCCGGCGCGACCGCCUCUGUCCGUUCGCCCGGAGGGAGACCGGGAGCUGGGGUGAAGUGCGGGCGGCCGCAGCCUCCUCCCUCCUGCGUCUCCAAGCUGCGGCAGCAGCUGGUGCAAAAAUCCUGCCGUUGGUCUCCGAUGCCCUUCAGUGAGGAGGGGGCGUUGGGACCCUGGUGAGCGCACCUCCGGCUCCCCCAAAGAGGCGUCUUCAUCGGCCCCCCUGAUCCGCGCACCCCAGCCUGCCAGCCAUGGCUGAGAACGCAGGGGGGGACCUGAACUCCAACCUGCUCCACGCCCCCUACCGCACCGGGGACCCUCAGCUAGACACGGCCAUCGGGCAGUGGCUCCGCUGGGAUAAGAACCCCAAAACAAAAGAGCAGAUUGAAAAUCUGUUACGAAAUGGAAUGAAUAAGGAACUGCGGGAUCGUCUUUGUUGCCGAAUGACUUUUGGAACUGCAGGACUUCGUUCUGCUAUGGGGGCAGGAUUUUGUUAUAUUAAUGACCUUACAGUAAUACAAUCCACACAGGGGAUGUACAAAUACCUGGAGAGAUGUUUCUCAGACUUCAAGCAGAGAGGCGUCGUCGUCGGGUACGAUACCCGGGGGCAAGUAACUAGCAGCUGCAGCAGCCAGAGGCUUGCUAAACUCACUGCUGCAGUCCUAUUGGCUAAAGAUGUUCCUGUGUACCUUUUUUCAAGAUAUGUUCCUACACCUUUUGUACCAUAUGCAGUCCAGAAGCUCAAAGCAGUUGCAGGUGUGAUGAUUACAGCAUCUCACAACCGCAAAGAAGAUAACGGAUACAAGGUUUAUUGGGAAACGGGUGCUCAGAUCACAUCUCCUCAUGACAAGGAAAUUCUGAAAUGCAUAGAAGAAUGUGUGGAACCCUGGAAUGGUUCCUGGAAUGAUAAUUUAGUGGACACCAGCCCACUGAAGAAAGAUCCUCUGCAGGACAUUUGUAGUAGAUACAUGGAAGAUCUGAAAAAAAUCUGUUUUCACAGGGAAUUAAACUCAAAGACCACCUUGAAAUUUGUGCAUUCAUCUUUUCAUGGGGUUGGACAUGACUACGUGCAGUUGGCUUUUCAAGUGUUUGGUUUUAAGCCUCCAAUUCCAGUACCAGAACAAAAAGAUCCUGACCCAGACUUUUCUACCGUUAAGUGCCCGAAUCCUGAAGAGGGAGAAUCUGUGCUGGAACUCUCAUUGAGGCUGGCAGAGAAGGAAAAUGCCCGGGUAGUGGUCGCCACAGACCCCGACGCAGACCGACUGGCGGUGGCAGAGCUUCAGGAGAAUGGUCACUGGAAAGUUUUCUCAGGAAAUGAGUUGGCAGCUCUGUUUGGGUGGUGGAUGUUUGAUUGCUGGAAGAAAAGUAAAUCCGGAAAUGCUGAUGUGAAGAACAUUUACAUGUUAGCCACCACAGUCUCUUCCAAAAUUUUGAAGGCAAUUGCACUUAAAGAAGGAUUUCAUUUUGAAGAAACAUUACCAGGUUUUAAAUGGAUUGGAAGUAGGAUAAAAGACCUCCUGGAAAAUGGGAAAGAAGUCCUUUUUGCAUUUGAAGAGUCUAUUGGUUUUCUGUGUGGAACUUCAGUUUUGGAUAAAGAUGGGGUGAGCGCAGCCGCUGUUGUUGCUGAGAUGGCAGCUUACCUGGAAACCAUGAAUAUAACGUUGAAACAGCAACUGGUUAAGGUUUAUGAAAAGUAUGGUUAUCAUAUUUCAAAAACUUCAUAUUUCUUGUGUUAUGAUCCAAAUACCAUCAAAAGUAUAUUUGAAAGGCUUCGUAAUUUUGAUUCUCCAAAAGAAUAUCCAAAAUUUUGUGGGACAUUUGCUAUAUUGCAUACACGAGACGUUACCACUGGAUAUGACAGCAGCCAGCCUAAUAAGAAAUCAGUGUUGCCUGUGAGUAAAAGCAGCCAGAUGAUUACAUUUACUUUUCAAAAUGGCUGUGUCGCUACUCUUCGGACAAGUGGGACAGAACCAAAGAUCAAGUAUUAUGCAGAGAUGUGCGCAUCACCUGACCGGAGUGACACUGCCUUACUAGAAGAGGAAUUGAAGAAACUCAUUGAAGCUUUGAUAGAGAAUUUUCUUGAGCCCAGUAAAAAUGGGCUGAUCUGGCGUUCUGUUUAGUGGACAUUCGUACAUCAUUACUUUGCGCUGUCAUAUGGAACAGGGCAGCCAGGAACUUCAUGCAUCCAACUUGUGUUAGCAUUCCCUCUCUAUCUCAUCUGGCCAAGUAUCCUUUUCCUUUUAUUUUUCUCUUUUUGGUUGGCUGACUAAACAAACCGUAUAACUUUGAUAUGAAGUAGUCUGGAGAAAAUGAUUCAAAUUUUUCAUAAUCUUGAACAAAAGUCAUGACGUUAAAAGUAUUAUAGUAACGUCAUUCUUCCUUUAACAGAAACAAAACUGUGCAAAAGUGAGUUUUCUUAUUAAAGUGUGAUUAAGUAAGCUUAGUUCCAUAUUCUUGUAAUUGUGUAUAGCAUGUGUUUUCAUUUAAAAAAAUAGGCAGAUAAAUGUAUAAUUAUCGAGUUAGUUAAGAAAUUUAUUUCACAAAAUUGGCAAGAAAACAGCACUACUCUCAGAAUACUGUGGAAAAGUGUCAUUGUUACAUCAUAGGUAUUGACUUACAAAUUAGAGUAUGUGAGAUAGGGUAUUUAGCAUUUCUAGCUUAGAACAGAUGUUACAAAUGUGGUGUCCAGCUCUUCUGUUUCAGUGCUGCUGGUGCAGUGUAAAUUUAUUGUAUGUGUUUAAAAUUCCACGUUUACUGAACAUAGACAAUAGUGGCAAUAUUCCUAGAAACUUGGCUCUUGUCAAAUUUCUCAGUGCCUUCUCAGGGUAUGGUUUGAAUUGAAACAGUGUUCCUGCAUUGAAUAUAAUUUAAUUCAUUAAUUUUCAGACAGUUCAGGAAAAUCUUUCAAACUCUAUAGGUGCAUUCCCUCUAUAUUAAAUAGGUUUGCUGACUUUAAGAUCUUAUGAAUGUAUAUAAAAUUAUUAAUAAAAGCAGGCUCAAUGUAACUGUAGUUAAGCAUCUUCGUGUUAGAAUUAAAUGUUAGUUACCACAGCCUUUGAGUCAAGAAAAAGAUCUGAACUGAGAAAAGAGCUCAAUUUAUUUAAAAGUCUAACAUUUGGAUUAUAAAUAUAUAGAUUUAUUCCUUUAUCAAAUGAAGUAAUACCAAUUUUACUAGUAAAUAAAACAUUCAGAUUUUAGGUAUUAUAAAACACUAAAACUACAUGUUUUCAAACUAAUGUCCAGUUUAUCCUAACAUCUUUCUGGCUUCUAUACAAUUUCUUAUCACAAGAGUAACUAUUUUUUGAUGUGGAAAAAAAAAUUGGAAGGUCACUGGUUGAUUUUGCAGCCUUCUAAAGAGACAGUGGAGAAGCUGUGUUCGAUCCUUUUUAAAAGUGUAUCCUGUUAUAUAUAGCUCAGAGAAUACUUCAACACAUGUGGCAUAGUUAAGAGGUAACAAUAACAAGGUCUUGGGUGUAAUCUUCUAAACAAAUUGCCUAUGGAAGAUAACUGGUAUUAGAGAAUUUAUUUCCUAAAAAUAAUGACAUAAAUUUGAACUGAUUAGAAUACUUAUUAAGUCAUGGUUUGGUUUGUUGUAGCUAUUGGCUAACAUUUGGUUGAACUUAUAUAAUCCAAGUGUAAUUUUCAAAUUAUUGUAUUGCCACUAUUGUUAAUUUAUUCCUUUCUUCCUUUCGUAUAGCUGGAUCUUGUAUGACUGUAGAUAAUAGACAGAUAGCUAAAUGUAGAGCACCAUAUUUCUAAAUGAGUUUGUCUUCAAUGGCUUCGUACUAAAGUGUGUAGAAUUUUUUGCUUUAUGCACUUUUAGGAAUGUAGAUAUUAAUUUAGGAAAUGGCUUAUAUUCCACAAAGUGGUAUGAGCAAUGCUAUAUAUAUGGAAAAUAUGUAUAUUUGGUUUCAGUGUCUGUUUUUUAUUGACUGAAGAACAAAGUGGAGCUAAAAUGAUACAAUAGCCCAUAUACAAUCCAUAAAGCCAUGUUAUGAUGUCAUUCUAUAGUAAAGAGAACAGCUUUAUUUGAGUGCUUUAAUGUAAUGCAACAUUUCAGUCGUCUUAAUCAAGGUGAAAAGUUAUUAAAGCUUGGAUUCUUAUCUCAAAAAAUUAAAAAUCCAAAGUUAAAAUUAAUAAAAAUUUUCAAGUGUUCCCAAAGUGUAUAAAUUGAGGAAAUUAUUUGAUUCUAGCCCAAUUCUCAAGUCUUACUUGAGUGUGAUAUUUAGCAUGAACUGGACGUAGUGGGUGUACACUUGCCUAACAGGAUAAAUUCGGUAGCCCCAGCCAACCAGGUCAGACAGAAGUGCUGACCAGCAGGUCUCAACUUUGGUCUCUCUAUUGUUUAUCUUUUUCUUUAUAAACAAUCUCAUGGAAAUGAAUGCAUCCUCACUGAGUGUGCAGAUCAAAACUGGGAUUUUCUAGAACUCUGGGGAAAGGAAAGAAUUAGUGGGGCAAGAUUAAAGCAUAAGUUGGGAAUAAACAGUAGAAAUAAGCAAACAAUAGAAAGGUCAAUAGGUAGCACAGGAAAUGCUUUUUGUCAAGGGCAAAUUUAUCACCCUAAAAACGGAGUAAAUGGACUGUAGGCAAGUUGUUUAAUUGUGUUUAUUUGUUGUGACGAUGAAUGAGUAGUGAACCUUUGUUUUCUUUUAUUGGUGACCACUAAAGAGGCCAUGUUUUAAGGCCUGAGAAAAAGAACCCCUCUUACUGAUCAGUUUCUGAGAGAAGGCUGUUUCUUAGGAACAUAUGGGAACUGGGGAGGGGAUAUAGCAGAAAUGAAAAGGAAUAAAAUAUAGAUUGGAAAAUAAGACCUCUGAGAAAAAAGUUUAAAAAAAAAUAAGAUCAUUUAAUUCUGGAGAGGAGAAAGCUGUUGAGAUAGUUUAAUAAAUCAUAAGUUAUUGAGUAUUAUUUUGAACAACUUAAAUUAAGAAGGAAUAUAACAAACUGUUCUCCAUCUCCAGGAAGGAUAAAAUAGGAGGGAAUAAGGGUCUUUAAGAAAAAAGAAAAAGAAAGACAACAUGAAUAGUUUACGAUUUAAAAACUUGGGCAGGAAUUGUUAUGAAGCUUUCAAUUUGAUUUUGAUUUUUAAGAGAAUAAAAAUUUAAAUAUUAUAGGAUAUGCUAAAUGGCUUUUACAAGUUCUUUCUAAACCUUUUUUUUUUUUUUUUUAACUCAGGUUGGAACAAAGAUGUCAUAAAGAGCACUGAAAGUAACAUUUGAAUUUCACUCCAUAUCGAUAAGAAUUUAGCUCAUAAGAUAAAUUUGUUGAGUAGUAGAUGCAUGAGUACAGUGAAUAAGACCUGCUUAGAUGUUAUUUUUAAUUUAAUCUGGCAAAUUAAGUGAGACUUGAACAUAAUUUUGUUCAUCUUGAAGAAUGUAUAGCAUUAUAGGGUAUUUGAGGGGUUUGUUUUAAGUUUACAGUAUUGUUAUUUGGAUGUAGUAACUUUAGCAGAGAGUUUCUAAGAGAUUGGACACUUUGGAAUAUCUCUAUAUAGGAAAUAAAACUUCUGUUUCUUAAGCAGAUUGCUUCUAGAAUUGAUGCAACAAAGAUAUAGAGUUUAAUGGAGGAAUUGUUCUAUGAGCUGCUGCUAUUGGUAUUUCCUUCAGAUCUUUCCUGUUGUUCAUGAUUCUGCUUGGAUAAAUUUAAUUUUAUGUCUUUUUUUUUUCUCUACCUCCCUCUUUCCUCCCACAUUUUGUUACUGUGAAAUGCUACUGCCCUGUUACCUCACUGAUAAGAAAUCUUUAACUGUAUCUUUCAGAAUGCUUUAAACUUAUUCAUAAACUAAGUUGGUUUAUGGACUUUUGAGUAUUUUGUUAUUGUGAGAAGACAUUGUAAGAAGUAAUUUUAAAUCUAUUUUAUAACUUUUUGUGGUCUACCUGGAUACUGUAUGUUAAAUUAUUAAUGGCUUUUUACAAUUCACUUGUUUUCUGAGAUUGCUCUAGAAACUGAUGAGGAAAGAGUCAUACUAACCAAAAUGAAUGGUCAAUUAAUCUAGUAUAUUAUUUUCAGUUUCCUUGUAUUUUGGGUAUCCAAAGCACAAGAUUUGAGGAAAUUAUUUUUAAAUAUUUGUGUCUCAAAACCCCUUAUCAUAAGCCAUAAGGAGUCUAAGUAAAAAGAAGAGAAUCUGUCAUUGUCUCAGGACACAGCAUGACUUGAGUUCUAGUUGGAAACAAAGUUAGUGUUGACCAUUGGUUAAGAUAUUGAUCAUCCUGUUAUAUUCAUUAAGCCAGCUUUUCUCUUUAUUCAUUAAAGACUAUGUACUUAAAAGAGAGAACAUAAAGAAUGAGUACAGCGACCAAGGGCACAGUGACCUAGCUAAAGUUUGCUUCUCAGAUUUCUCCAUCAGCACGACCCUAAAGCAGAAUGUGUGGGGAAGGGGUCUGAGAGCAAAAUCAGAAGCAGUCGACCACUCACGAAAUUCAUGUCCUGCCUCAGAAAUGGAAGCGGGUUUUGCGUUCUCCAUAAUAAAACUGUGUUGCUAUAAAAACGACUCCUUCGAUCUUCACCAAACCCGGUGCCACCAUAAAGGAGCACGUGUUUACCACGUGGCCUCUCCGUUUUCUCCUCCAAAACCCCCUCCAAUUGCCGCCCAUCCCUGGGCGUACACACACUGACUCGGGUGUGAGACAUAGAAACAGAGAACAUCGAUAGGAUGUUUCCUGCCCCUCAGUAGCUGGCCUUUGACAGUACUGAUGACAGGUGAAACUGACCUGGAGCAGUUAUGUGACCAGCGAACCUUGUAAUAUAGUUAGAGGUAUUGGCCACUUGUUCUCUUUAAUUUAUUGGCGUUCCUUGACUAUCAGCUGCAUUUAUUAUUUCUCAUAUCCACACCACCUAGUAUAUAGUACCUGUUACAGAGUGCUUAACUGGUAAUAAUAGUCAUUAAGGGAUUUUAUUUUAAAGAAGCAAAUAGUUUGAUAAACAAUAAAAAUAUUAAUCCUCACCACUAAAAUGUAUAAGUAAUGUUUAUUAAGCACACACAUCCUUAAAUACUCAGUUUCUCUGGAAAAAGCAGAGCAUAUUCUUAUUUGGAAAUUGUGUAUAAUGCCUAGUAUUUUACAUUCAAAGUAAGGUAUUGGCCAAGAAGGCUAAGAAAGCGUCUAUGUAGACUUAACAUCACUAAUACAAGUGCCAUUUUGAGCCUGCUAGUGCUACCGUCCAAGUGAGUCACAACUAACUUAGUUGUAUUUGGUGUAUUUUUGUUCAAGUGUUAUGAUUCAGCAUGUAUCUGACAAGAGCCACUCCAGAGUCCACAUCUAUAUAUGGCGAGGCCUUCUUGUUUUGGGCUAAAAUAAACUCUUUGUAUACAUCAUUGACUAUGCCAGAUAAAUUGUGUGCAGUUAAGAAUGAAUUAUUUUUCUGACUGUGUAGCAGUAGUUCAAAAUUAUGCCCUUGUUUUAACAGUUUCUGUCAAUAUCUUCCCAUCCCCCCCCACUCCCCCAAGAAAACACCAGGGUGUUAAAUACUGAGAAUUUGCACUUUAAGCAUUUGUGUUGUGGAUUUCUUGUGGUUUUAGCCAAAUGAAGUGUUGUCAGUAAUAAACAGGUCUUUUUUUAAGCAUGAA